UCAUCGGCUGCCAAGAGGAGCCGCCGGGCGCUCGCAGGCUCGCAGGCUCGCAGGCUGGGCGCGCGCCGCUCUCGGGAGGAGAGCCUCCCCCGCCGCCGCCGUCUCCCCGCGUGAGCCAUGGCCGGCCUCGGCCACCCCGCCGCCUUCGGCCGGGCCACCCACGCCGUGGUGCGGGCUCCGCCCGAGUCCCUGUGCCGCCACGCGCUCAGGCGCUCCCAGGGCGAGGAGGUGGAUUUCGCUCGCGUGGAGCGCCAGCACCAGCUCUACGUGGGCGUGCUGGGCAGCAAGCUGGGCUUGCAGGUGGUGCAGCUGCCGGCCGACGAGAGCCUGCCCGACUGCGUGUUCGUGGAGGACGUGGCCGUGGUGUGCGAGGAGACCGCCCUCAUCACCCGCCCCGGGGCGCCCAGCCGCAGGAAGGAGGUUGACAUGAUGAAAGAGGCUCUGGAGAAGCUUCAGCUCAACAUAGUAGAGAUGAAAGAUGAGAAUGCAACCUUAGAUGGCGGAGACGUGUUGUUCACAGGCAGAGAAUUUUUUGUGGGCCUUUCCAAAAGAACAAAUCAACGAGGUGCUGAAAUCUUGGCUGAUACUUUUAAGGACUACGCGGUGUCCACCGUUCCCGUGGCCGACUCUUUGCAUUUAAAGAGUUUCUGCAGCAUGGCUGGGCCCAACCUGAUUGCAAUAGGGUCCAGUGAGUCUGCGCAGAAGGCCCUCAAGAUCAUGCAACAGAUGAGUGACCACCGUUACGACAAGCUCACCGUACCCGACGACAUGGCUGCCAACUGCAUCUACCUAAAUAUCCCCAGCAAAGGGCAUGUCCUGCUGCACCCAACCCCAGAAGAGUACCCAGAAAGUGCAAAGGUUUAUGAGAAGCUGAAGGACCAUUUGCUGAUCCCCGUGAGCAACUCGGAACUGGAAAAGGUGGACGGUCUGCUCACCUGCUGCUCCGUUUUUAUUAACAAGAAGAUGGACUCCUGAGCCAGAGUCCCUCUCCUGUGGCCAGUGUGGCCUAGGCCAGGCUAAUGACUGACUGUACCCACUCCUCUUGUUUUCCUUGACAAUCUACUGUGCCACUGUGCUACUAACUCUUGUUUACAAAAAUAAUAAUAAUUUCCAUUUUAAUCACUUCAUUUUCUGCACCCUCCUUUUCCUCACGGUGGCACCUAACCUGUGGAUUUGCCAAACGAGUUAAGUGACCUAGAAAAUACAUGACUAACCAAUCAUUGGAACGUGAUCAAUACUGUGGGGACACUCAUUUCCGUGUUUGUGUUAUUAGUAUGGAAAUGAUAGAGUUGCGGAGUAUUAUAAAGACUGUCUUCCUGAUCAUCCAGAGAAGCAAGGGACCUUUUCUCCCCCUCGGUAUCAUGAAUCACAUUUGGUUCCGGAGAAAUUCCCUGACCCAUGGAUUUAUGGUUUUUUCCCAGCCCCUUCUCAACUCUAAAAGCCUUUCUGCUAGGUACUGUCUUUGGCCUUUCCCAGUUCUCUCAUAGCCACCUUGACCUUGGAUAAGGUUGUUCAUUCUGAAUUCCUUCCUUAAGAUCUACCCUGUGUGCACCCCUGCUCUUCUGCCUCAUGGCCACAUCUCUCUCCUAUGACCACCAGCCCUCCCUUCCCCUAGAGAAGAGCAGUGGUUCCUCAGCAGAUCUGUGACCCCAAUCAGAGUGACUGGAUGAGGAACAGGAACCCCAAGAUGUACAUCCUGACACUUGCCUUGAGCACGUCUAGGAAGGUAAAUUCAGCCCCAGGAGAUCAGGAUGUUAAAGAAGUCCCGAAACACCCCAUGGGUAGAUCUUAGAGAGACUGAGUCACAUGCCGUCAUUUGCCUCAUGACUAGUCCUAUAGGAGCAUGGAGGAAAGUCCUUUUCCACCUAACCCCUUCCCCUUUUUUCAGCUUCUUUCUGUUUCACCUUGUUUUUACCCCAUAAGAAUCAUCAUGAUCUUGAAAAGGCAUUUCCUUCCAAAGAGGCAGAGCAUCUGAGAUGAUUGUUGAUGGUCUGCUGAGAGCCAGAGGGAGCUGCCUCCACCCAAGGUCUAGGAGCGCAAUCAGGAAAUGGUCCCAAAAGUCAAUCUCAAACAAUGUAUGAGUCUUCUGUGAAAUAUCCAUGAAUGUUUACUGUGGAAUUCAACUGAAACUUGUUUCCUCUCUAGUCUUCAGAUUACACAAUGUUCAGCUGGCACAGGUCUCUUACAAAGAACAAUGCCACAGCAAAGGAAGAGAACAUUCCUUUUUUAAAUGCUGAAAAGAUCAGGGUCAGGGACAUGGACCUUUACAAGGAAUAGUGACCAACCCAACCAGACAUGGCAUCAAACUUGUGGUCACAUCUUUGCUCUAUAGUCUACAGUUUGUCAUUCAAUAUUUAAAGUUGGGGAGACAAAGAAAGAUUACUUCAGGUCUAUCUCUCCUUGCCUCUCUUGUGAUCAAUGGUUUUUAUCUUGUUGAGCAGGAGAGAAUUGCCUUCACUGCAUUUUCCCUCAGUAGAAAGAAGUAAGAAUCCCCUGGGAAAGCCAAAACAUCCUUUACCACUCUUCCUUAUUGGCCAUCUCUCUGAAGAAAUCAGUUCUAUCUCUUCCUUGCUGUCUAACUUUAGACUCAUAUCCUAUGCAAAUAUCUAACUAUGUACACCCUGUGAAUGAACCAUAUCUUGGUCACUAUCAUAUUUCAGAACACCUCAUCAGGAGUGAAUAAUAUGUUUUUUUCCAGGGUGAAUGAAUGUGAGCCACAUGCCCAAAUUAAUAAAGAAAAAUUGUUCUCAGCAAUUAUGGUUGCCUUUGGGGGUUAAAUUUGGCCCUACACUGGCAAAAAGCAGAAAUUCUUCCUGUGAGAGAUGACCAUCUCAAAAUCAACCAGAGGAAAACCAACCCACUGAGCUGGUGUAGGCCAACCAGCAUGUAAUUGUCAGCAGCAUCCUUCUAUCAUCCGAUUACAGACCUGUCCUCUUGUUAUGUUUAGUCAAAUACAAGCGAGUAGAUUCUUCAUUAUGACAGUUUCUUCUGCAAGACCUAGUUUUUUCAAUUCCCCUUUGCUUCCCUCUUCCCUUAUUUGUCUUGAGAAGUAAUUAUUCUGCUCUUUGGACUCCCUGUAUGGUACAAUGAUGUGAAAACUCAGAAUACUCCCGGCACAGUAGCAAUGCUUCUUUGAUGUUGUCAUCAGCAUACUGUUAUCUUUGAAAAGGAAAGAUGUUAUUAGCCCAGCUCCCCUCUUGUCCACUGUGUCUUACAAAGAUGCAAACACUAACAGAAAUGCUUUUGGCAUUAUAAAGACAUGAGGAAUUAACAUUUAAGUAAGUAUACAUUGAGUUAGAAUUAUUGGGUCAAUAUAUGAUUUGAUUUAGUGAAAAGAUUGUCUAGAAGGAAUAUAUAAUUUAGCACUAUGUCAUUAGCUGGUAUGUUGCUGUAGGAAUCAGUGGCAGGUCUCUCCAGAGUGUGUUACUUGCUCUUCUUUGCUGCUAGGAACUGAUUACCAAGGCCACCAUCUCCACAUCUCUAAGAAGGGAAAAUAAAAUAGUCUGUAGUUUCACAGUGUGACUUAUGUAGGUUGCAUGUUAGUCUCUGUAAUUAUUCAUGCUUUAACCUGCUACAGAAUUCAGACAUGAUUUCCAUGGGGUGUUAGGUUUUCAGCUUUUUUCUCUUCUUGCCUGUCAACUUCCAGCCAAUGUAUGGUUAUCCAGUCUGUGUGCCAAAGCCAGCCACACCUCCCACAGCCCGUUAGUGCAGAGUUCUUCUGCAGCCACACUAGUGCCCCGCUGCCCACCCCUAAUGUACACCGGUGAAGACAGAAUAAAGUGUGAGUUGUACUGUG